AUGGCUGAAAAGGAGCUCGAGGGACUCGGUGGCGCUCGGCUUGAAACUGCUGCACAUGGUGAAGUUUUGUCGGACUUGAAUACAGCCGAAGAAGAUGCAGCUGUCGGCUAUCGCGAAUACAUCGAGGGCCGAGACAUCGAAGUGUUGGACCAAGAAGCACGCAAGGUUCGAUGGAAGAUUGAUCUUAUCGUGCUUCCAAUCUUCUUGGUCACACAAGCCCUCCAGUUCAUGGACAGGACCGCACUCAACUAUGCCAACCUCUUUGGAUACCAGGCAGCCCUUGGCUUGAAGGGCCAGCAAUUCAGCUACCUUUCAGCAAUGGUAUACGCUGGUUAUUUCGUCGGACAGUAUCCUUGUGGCUGGCUCGUUGGUCGAUUUCCUGCGCAGAAGGUUAUUGGUACGGCUACCUUUAUUUGGGGCAUCACAGUGAUUCUUAUGACCCAAUGUCGCACCUUCUCGAGCGCCCUGGCUCUACGUUUCAUUAUGGGUAGCUUCGAGGCUGCUGUGACACCCGGUCUAACAAUUAUGACGGGUUUCUGGUGGACGAGGCGUGAGAUUCCCCUCCGCCAAUGUAUAUGGUACUCAGCUUUAGGCUGGGGUGGGAUUAUUGGGUCCUAUAUCUCAAUGGGCGUCUCGACUCUUCCAGAAGACACAACCCCGGAACGGUGGCAGCUGAUCUUCUAUAUUCUGGGUGGUGCCACCAUGCUCUGGGCUUUCGUGAUUUACUUCAUCCUGCCAGAUGCCCCAUCGAAUGCCAGGUUCUUCAACCACCGCGAGCGUCUGGUCGCGGUCAAGCGAGUUGCAGGCAACGAGACCGGUAUCAAAAACAAGACUUUCAAAAAGGACCAGUUCGUGGUAGCGAUCACGGACCCCAAGACCAUCAUCCUGUUUGUUUCGGUGGCGGCAGCUGCUGUUCCCAACGGGGUGGUCAGCGCAUUUUCGACUGUCAUUAUCCGCGAUAUGGGCUUCUCGACUACCAUGACGACAGAACUAAAGUCCGUUGGCGAUGCAGUCCAGAUUGUUGCGUUAUUUAUCGGUGGUGUCAUCAUUCUCAAUGUGCCGAACAGUCGGCUUCUGACGUCGACAGCGGCCAAUGUUCUUUGCACAGUAGCUGCGGCAUGUAUGGCUUAUCUACCAAGAUCAAAUACCUGGGGAAGACUCGUGAGCUUCUGGCUUAUUAACGCUCAGUCGGUUGGGUUCACAGUGUCAUUGACCACGAUCUCAUCAAAUAUGGCAGGCUACACACAUAGAGCGUUUGCUAGUGCUGCAAUCUUCACCGGUUAUUGCUGGGGGAAUUUUGCAGGCCCGUUUGUUGUGAAAGAGUCCGAGGCCCCUUAUUACAGGGGCGCCACCAUUGGACUGCUCGUUGGUUAUGCCAUAAAACUUGGCUGCCACGUGGCAUUGCUAAUUUACAUGUUUGUAAGCAAUCGUAGAAGGGACCGAGUGUAUGGACCUGCUAAUAAGGAGCUCUCCGACGAGGCCGGUAUGCGAGAUAAGACCGAGUUCGAGAACAAGGAUUUCCGUUAUGUGUUGUAG